AUGUCGGUUGUACAGAAGCAUGACAAUUCUGAAAAACAACGUGGCACAUUUGCAUGGGGGGAAAAGCCUUUCAAAUGUGAAUUUGAUGGCUGCGACAGGAAGUUUGCCAAUAGCAGUGAUCGAAAGAAACAUUCCCAUGUCCACACCAGUGACAAGCCCUACUAUUGCAAGAUUCGAGGCUGUGACAAAUCCUACACUCACCCGAGUUCUCUGAGGAAACACAUGAAGAUUCACUGCAAGUCCCCACCACCUUCUCCAGGACCCCUUGGCUACUCAUCAGUGGGGACUCCAGUGGGCGCCCCCUUGUCCCCCAUGCUGGACCCAGCCAGGAGUCGCUCCAGCACUCUCUCCCCUCAGGUGACCAACCUCAAUGAGUGGUACGUGUGCCAAGCCAGCGGGGCCCCCAGUCACCUCCACACCCCUUCCAGCAACGGAACCACCUCCGAGUCUGAAGAUGAGGAAAUGUAUGGGAACCCCGAAGUUGUGCGGACGAUACAUUAGAAUGUAUUAUUCAUAACAAUAAGUGAAAUAAUAAGUGGGAGUCCUUGGAACACGUCCUAACCUGAGACAAUGUGGAGCCCGAGACAAACCCGUGACUCAGACUUGCCACCGGGUCUAAUUAGCCCUAUUUAUUCAGUAUGAAACCCUAUGGUGUUUGUACAUUUAAUUAAUUUAAUUAAGAUAUUUGGGCUUUUUUUUUUUUUUCCUUAAAAACAAACAAACAAAAAACAACCAAGCUGGACUUGUACAUUGCAGGGGGACAGGGCUGGGGGCAAAUUGUACCAAGGAAAAUGAAUGGAGAGAUUACUUAACCAAGAUACACACUGCCAAUGCAAUAGAUAUAUAUUUUUUUUAAAGGAGGAGAAAGAGAGCAUUGAGUCAGAACUUAACAUAGCACCAAGGCCCUCUGCAUUUCCCGGAGUGCCUCUCGAAUGCCUUUGACACCAUAAUGUGGGCUGCCUUUGAGCCUCCUUGCUGGGCCCUAAUUCUGCCAAGGCCUCUUGAUUGUAAACCACACACUUGCUGCAUUGCCAACAGAUCCUGGACUGUACCUGUGUCCAAAAAUAUUUGUAAAAACUCUUGUGUUUAAUAUUUGUAAUUUUUAAUUUCCGCUCUUUUAUUACUGAUCUCACCUUAACACAGUAUUUUUAUACAGGAUUAUUUCUUCAGUACCCUACUGUGUGCUUAAAAAAACAAACAAGGAAGCAGCAACCUUAUAUAUCUCCAUAAAUUGUGCUACUGUGAUUGUUCAAGCAGAAGUGGAGAGAAAAAACGCUGCUGUAAUACACAACUGUGAAACUGUGAUAUUUUAUAAAAUAGAAGAAACUUAAGUGCUUUCUUUUUCCUCUAUGGUUUUUUUUUUUUUUUUUUGAAUCUGAAAUCUCAGAUGCUGCCUCCUUAACUGUGUCCAAACUUCUUGUGUAAUAAAGCAAUUAUGUUUUCGAUCAUAAGUUCCUUGGGAUGCCAACAUUCACAGUCAAGUCUGAGGAGGAAUGAUGAUGGCAUCAUGCCUGUUUUUUUGGAAAGCUGUUUUUAAAGCAGGCCCAACCCCUCAUUUAUACUGUUGUUAUCAGCCUUUUAAGAAGUCAAUUUUUCAAUGCCUGGAACUGCAUUCUAGCGCAUUUUCUUCCACCUGAGCACUGAGCACACCAAACUCGAUUGCAUUUGGAAAUGAUAGUGUGUGAAGUGUAUGAUUUACAUUAAAAGAGGGGAGGGAGUUGCUAUACAUAUUAAAAAUUUUAAAAGGUUUAUAGUUACCACCAAACACUGAUGAAUGUGUGACCUUUGCCAAAGCUGUCAAGCUAAGAUAAAAAAGGUCAAGGACCCAGGACAAUAACUCUUAGUCAAUUUAUUUUCGGUUGGUACAACACAUCUCCUGUGCAAAAUGUAGUCCAUCAGAAACAUCAUACGAAUAUACUAAAGAGCACUAAUUUAUCCUCAGAGACCCUGAAGACACCCCCUCCCCAGGGUUUGUAGAAAUUUGUUUUGUGUGCUGUGAGUGGUUGAUGUAGUCUUGUCAUUGUUAAUAACUUGUAUGUGAACGCUAUUAUUUGUACAGUUGAAUUAAUUUAUUUUCUGACAUCAUCCUUUUUUUUUUCUGGAAGAGUUCAAAGCACACCAAAGAAUUAUAUUAUACAUUUUGGUGAAAGAUUGUCAUUUAUGAUCCAUGGUUUAUUUAAAAAGGAAAGAAAAUGGAAAAAUAUAUUUUUAAGCUUACUUGAAUGAACAACGUAAUGUGAAAACCAAGACUCUUCCUGCAUGUCUUUUUUGCAUUGUGUUGAUGAGAUUAUAUAUAGUUUAUAGAUAUAUUAUAUUACUAGUACAGUGCAUGGUGCUGUCACUUGGAAAGCCUUUCAAUGUUGUCUUCAAAUUGUUAUGGUGAAUAUGAAACAUGCAGACCCUCCUUUAUAAAGAAAAAGACCAUAAAACUUGAAUAUAAAAUAAUUCUACAUUUUUAAAGUUUAUUUGAUUUUCAUAUUAUUCACUUUCAAAGCCCUUUCAAAUCGAAAAGAUACGGUAUAAACUUUGGGGGGAUAAUUUAUGUAUCGUAAACUUAUUAGAACAAAGUAUUCCUGAUGUAUAAUGAGUUGUUUUAUUUAUACAACUUUUUUAAUGGUAGUUUGCACUAUUCUUUAUUAUGCUACAGGUUUAUUUAUUAUGAAACAAAGGAAUAUGUAUUUUAUGUACUUUACCAUGCAUAGAUUAACUCUUUCCCACAGAUUUAUUGGUUUCGGCUACACCUAAAAUAAAAACUUAAAAUGUGUACCUCCAAUAGAAAGAAAGCAAGAGUGAUUAUGAAGUAACAAUUAAUAAAGGUAUUCUUCCUAUGUAUUUCUUAUGUUUUACCUAGUGGCAUAUCUCUGUCAUCCUUUUACAAACAGAGCAGGUGGCUAAUGG